UUCAUUUUAUAAAUAACUUCAAUGUGUUCGGUCGUGUUGUCGGGGAAUUAUCGAAAUUACCAAUAACCCCAAUGAGUAAAUUAGUAAAUAUAACUAUUUACUUCGAACCCAAUGCAAUUGCAAUCGCUUGUGAACAAUGCGGGAUAAGAAAUAUUUGAUGAAUUAUAGUAAAAAUGUGCUGUAUUGUCGAUGCAACAGCAAAUAAGUGGCAAAGAAUGAGAGCGCAAAGCAGAUGGCAAAGAGCGUCGCGCCGCAUUGGUGUUGGUAUUGUGUGCGUGUGUGUAUGUGAAGUAGAAAGCGGCGGUAAAAACUUGUAAAAUCCACACGUAUUAAACACACACAUAUGAAUAUAUAUAUAUAAUAUAUAUAGAGAGAAAAGUAAAUAUAUGAUUCUCAAUUCCUCCAAAAUCGAUUUCAUCGUCAAUUGGAAUUUAAAAUAAAUCUAGCUUAUUGCACUGUCGAAUCUGCAAGUCAAAACAAAACAAACGUGAAACGUAGCCGAAAAACGCCAUCAUGCUCGUGUGUGUGUGAGCGUAAUAAGAAAAAGCCACAGCAAAAAGACAAAAGAAAAAUAGUGCAUACGAAGAGCAGGCGCAAAGCACAAUUGAUGAAAUUUGUGAUUAUCACAAUUGUGUAUUAACAAAUGGUUGAAUAAUAUCCAAGCCUGGGCUCUAAAACUUUAAUCAACAUAUACACAAUUAAAUCAAACAAAGAGAGUUCGUUCCCUUUGAUUAACACAGAGCGUGUGCAAACAUAAUUGUGCAGUGUUAUUUUGCGCCUUUUGUUGCUCUGAGCUGCUACAAAUCGUCCUAAACAGUUAUUUGCAAUAAGCCAAUCCACAAGAAAUGAGUCGCAUACAGAGGAAACAACCACAGCAGCAACAACAACAGCGCAAUCAGUGCGAAAUCGUCAGCAGCAGCACAAGCGGCACAAAAGGCAAACGCAAACAGCCGCCAGAGUUUGAGGAUAAUGAAAUAAUGUUGCGACCCGCUCAACUUGUCAACGGACACUCCAAUGGGACUGGCAGAAUGACGAAACGACGACGACAGAGCGACGACGACACCGAAGAGCAGCAGCAGCAGCACCAAUUGACCAAUGGGAGUAGUAGCAAAAAUGUCAGGCUAAAGGAGGCGGCGACGACAACAACAGCCAGUUCGGGUGCCACUAGUGGGCAGCGUUACAACAACAAUGGCAGAGCUGUCAAUCACAACAACAAUAAUAAUAAUAACAGCAGCAAGAAAAGCAACAAUAAUGCAAACAAAUUGUUUGGACGGCAACACACGGCCACCACUAAGAAGAAGAAGCACAGUACAGCUGCAGCACCAACAACAACAACACCAAUGGAAUACAGUUAUCGAAAUAACAUAUCCACCAUACCAACACCACCCUCACCAGCAUCACCGGCUUCGCCGCCGCCAACGUCGACGUCGAAGAUUGUACCGGAAAUUGUUUGUAUUUCGGAUGCGGACAGCGAGGAGAAUGAAUGCAUCGAAUUUGACGAUCAGGAUUCGGAGGAGGAUAGCGACGUUGAGAUCGAAGAGUCGCCCACCACCAGCAAGAGCAGUCAAUCCAAGAGCAAUAACAUUAACAGUAACUUUAACAUUAACAACAACAACAGAAACAAUAACAAAGCGGCGGCAGCAGUAGCAAAAGCGGCAGCAGUAGCUGCCGCAAUAUCACCCACAUAUGCGAUGCCACCCACAAAUAGCACGCCGCUGGAUCUGGACAAUGAGGCGCAUCAACGGGAUUUGGAGAACGUGACCGACCUGCGUUCCUAUGUUAAACUGUACAGCGAUGAGAGCGUAUGCUUAAAUGAUUUUAAAAUCAUUCGUGUGCUUGGCACGGGAGCUUAUGGACGCGUUUUCCUGGUCCGUAAACUGACCCGACACGAUGCAGGCAAAUUGUAUGCAAUGAAAGUUCUCAAUAAGAUUACUGUGGUGCAAAAGCGCAAGACGGCCGAGCAUACGAAAACCGAACGUGUGGUACUUGAAGCGGUGCAGCGGAGUCCAUUCCUGGUCGGUUUACACUACGCUUUUCAGUCAUCAUCGAAGCUUUAUUUAGUGCUGGACUUUGCCAAUGGCGGGGAGCUGUUCACGCAUCUCUACCAUGCCGAGCAUUUUGAGGAGUCGCGUGUGCGCUCUUAUAUAGCUGAGGUGGUGCUGGCACUGGAGCAGCUGCAUCAGCUGGGCAUCAUAUAUCGUGACAUUAAGCUGGAGAACAUUCUGCUGGAUGGCGCCGGACACAUUGUACUCUCCGAUUUUGGACUGUCCAAGAUACUCACCGCCGAGAAUGAAUAUCGUGCGCAUAGUUUCUGCGGCACACUGGAGUAUAUGGCGCCGGAGAUUAUACGGACCGGACCGCCGGGGCAUGACAGUGCCGUAGAUUGGUGGUCGGUGGGCGUCUUGACGUUUGAGUUGCUGACGGGCGCCUCACCAUUUGCCACCUCGGAUGGUCAGAGUCAGCAAUCAGAGAUCUCGCGACGCAUACAAAAGGAGCAGCCGUUAAUACCAUCAUCGUUUAGCCCGAACGCACGUGACUUUGUGCUCAAGAUGCUGGAAAAGAAUCCGAAGCGUCGACUCGGCGGCAAUCAUCGCGAUGCCAGCGAGAUCAAGGAACACCCCUUUUUUGCUGGCAUCAACUGGACGGAGCUACAAGCGAAGCGACACAAAGCGCCCUACAAGCCAACCAUCAAUGCCGAGGACGACGUGCAAAACUUUAGCAACGAGUUCACCGAUCAGCUGCCCGAGGAUCUCGAAUGUGAAGCGCCGCCCUCACGCAUCCGACUCUUUCGCGGCUAUACAUAUGUGGCGCCCCAGCAUUUGGAGCAAAUGCGACGCGAUAACCACUGCCAGAUUGAGUAUUGCAAUCCCAAUCUGGAGAACAUACCCACACGACCCGAUGAUCUGCAGCUGGGCACACGCACAGUGAAAGGUGCCUAUGGCACUUGUUACUUUAUCACGGACUCCACGGACAUUGUGUUCAUGGCCAAGGUUAUCCCGCUGUCGAAGUUCCGGGCAUCCGAAGUCGAUGCACUCACAUCGUGUGCCUUAGACAUGAACGGUCACAGGAACAUUGUGAGCUAUCAUGGCGCGUUCCGGGAUAAGUGCGAGGUGUGGGUACUCGCAGAGUAUCUGGUCGGCGAGGAGCUUACCAACUAUUUGCGGCGAAAGCGUCUGGAGGAGCAUCUCGCCCGUGUCGUAUUUCUGCAGCUGGUACGAGCUGUGCAACAUGUGCACGCCAAACACUUUAUACACGGCGACAUCAAACCCGAGAAUAUAGUGUUUGUUACCCGCGAUGCCAUGCAUUGCAAGCUGGUGGACUUUGGCAGUUCCUGCUACAAUAAGCGCUUCGAGAGCUGGAGGGAUAAGCCGCGCUACACUCUGGAUUAUGCCGCGCCAGAGCUGUUGAAGGAUGCCAAUGUGGUUACAUAUUCGCCGGCUGUCGAUAUUUACGGCCUCGGCGCGACGCUCUACAGAAUGAUCGUGGGUCAUGCGCCCUAUCGCCUCUAUCAGGGCGACUCCGAGCAUAGUCCCGAGGUGCAUCAUACGCUGCGCAAACGCAUAGCCAACGAGUCGUUCAAUCAACGCUCCGAGUGCUGGUUGAAUGCAAGUACGGAGUACAGGCAGCUGGUCAACUGGUGCCUGCAAAAGGAUCCGACUCAACGGCCCACAAUAAAUGAUAUCCUCAAAAGUAACUGGCUGAAAGAUAUUAACGAUGUGGACAUGGUUCCGUCGCACGAUCAGCAGGAUAUCAUCGACCUGCGGGACGACUCCAUAGAGCAACUGACGGCUCACUCUGAUCUGCAGCAGGCUGCUGAUGCAACGGCCAACGGGGACGAGGGCAUAGUUGUGCAUGGCAUGUUUGAGGAUGACUUUGAGGAGCCUGAUUUCUAUGGCUUCGACGAGGACACGCUGAUAUUGGGUGUGUCCGGCCUGCAUUACGAUGAAGAUCUAGAUCUGAUCAGGCACGAAGAUGCUAUCCACAUAAACAAUCCAAUGCCGCCACCCGCUGUACCUCCUCCUCCUCCUCAACGGGCGCCUCCUGCAGCAGCAGCAGGGCGUCCACGGACGCGACAACAACGCCGCACGGAACUGUGCGAAACCACCACCGAAAUGCCGCCCGAGCAGGAGGACUCAAAGGCGGCUCUCUAUUUGCUGAUGAAGCAGAUACCACCCAUGCACCAUCCGAUGCCGCCACUGGUCAAUGUGUUGCCGCUGCUGCCUACGGCCAGUAGAAAUCGCGUCACGCCGCGUUCCCUCGAGAAUUUCUGUGGCUUUGCCAAAUCGUUGGGUGCUUUGCGCAAAUCGAAUGCCAGCUGGCGUCACUUCUGUCUGCUGAUCAACGGCGUCCAGAAGGUGCUCAAGCAGCGCUUCAAGAAGGAGCGACGCGUCUACUGCUCACCCAACGUCAAAAAGGAGCCUAUCGACGAGGCGUACGAGAAGCAACUCAUAUUCCCGCGACCAAAGCCACCAUCGAAGCGUGCCCCCAAGCGGCCGCCCAAGGUGCCGAGCCUGCCGACACGUGUGCAGCCGGAGAGAGCGCGUGCCCUGCGUCAACGGUAUAUUUUCGACUGACGAAGGCGGCUGCGUGGCCAAACCUCUGCUGCGACACGUGCCGACAUGGAAGCCGAGGAGCAGCGAAUAUUGCUUUCCAUUCUCGGGGCGAGUCGAGUGCGACUGGCGCGUCAACGGCGUUGGCAACUGUUGCAGCGGCGCAGCUGUCGACCGAUAAGUGAAAUGACGAUGACUUUGAACGUGAAGACGCUGGACGGACGACGGAUGCAAGCGCGCUUCGUAACGGCAAGAAUUCAAUAAACAGACACAAGGACACACAAGGGGAAACACAGACACAAACACACACAGAUACAUUAACGAUACAUGUUUAGAUGUAUGGUUGAUGUGGACACAGAGGUGGGUCUAACGGAUCAUUGAGCAGCACCAAAGAUCCUGUCGGUAGAGAUUUAUAAAUUUUUAUCGUGCUAAGUUUAUGCUUAAGUGGACUUUGAUUUUUUGAUUAAUUAUUGGAAUAUAAAUAAAUAUAUAUAUAUAUAUAUCACACACAAACACCCACAACACCCGACACACAAAAGUUUAAUAGUUGGAUUAGUUAAUUGUUUACGUUGUUAAUGUAAAAAGUCAAGAAACUACAAAUCUUAAUGCUUAAAUUAAAUGUAAAUCUGUUCUAUUUUUUUUUGUACAUUUUUAAAAAGAAUCACAAGAAAAAAACCAGAGAAAUGCAUACAAAAACUUGGAAACUAGUUUAGUGCAAAGAUAGUUAAUUAAGCUAGUAAGCGAAGUGGAAAAUUAAACGCAUACAUAUUGUUAGUCUCAUACUAUAUGCACAUGUGCACAUAUAUAUAUAAAUAAAUAUACAUAUUUAUGUGUAUAUAAAUUAAGAAUACACAUUAAGUUGUGGUCUAUGUUAAGUUUAUAAUUACUAGUUAAGCAGAAAACCUCCAUAACAAGUAUAACACACUUAUUAUUUAAUAUUGAAUUGUUUUGAAAUAUGCACUUAUAGUUUUUCUUCUUCAAUUUUUUCAUUCAUUCUCGGCAUUUGUCCAACACAAGAAAAUUGAAAAUUAUUAUUUUGCAACUUUUUUGAUUUCACAAUAUUUAAAUUUCGCUUUAAUUUAAAUAUGUAAAAAUCUCCUAUUUAUGAGUAGAUGCAUAUUUUUUUAGUUUUGCAAUUGUUAACUUAUGUUUUCUUUAUAUGUUUUUUAUAGGUUUUGUUUUGUUAGCCAAAUGAAAAAUUGAAACUUUAAUCGAUAAGAAUUGAAAGCGUUUAUCAUCUGUAUGAAUUGAAUUGAAAUAAACUGAAAUGCUUAAUAAC